GUGUGGACAUAUUUAUGGGAACAGAUAACAGGACUAAUACGUUUUCUGGAUUUUUGUAUUUUCAUCAGAAAAAAGUCUCUGAUUUUAAAAUGUGUCCUCAGUUCCCCCCAAAGACCUUUGUUUCCCUAAAAUAACUUCAUCCAUUAAUUACUGUUUGACUCGAUUACCCCCGCGGGAGGGAGAGCAAGUCCACAGAAGCGCCUGAUGAAGGUGGAGAGGAAGAACGUUUGACAGGAGGUGACCUGCACUCUGAUAUCCUGAAGCUGGAAACGUGUAGAAGCAGAGUUUCUAAAAGAAAGAGCUGUGCACUGUUAUUGUUAUUGAUCAGCUGAUCAGAGGAAAGCACGUGUUUAAUGUGCACGCCGACUGUCCUGAGCAGAAUGACUCGCAGUGUUUGUGGAAGCCGAGGUCAGUUCGUGGUUAGACGUCAUGUUUCUGAGCACAGAAAAUAUCAUCCAGGCUUUAACAGCUGGCUUCUGCUUCACGCCCCGACACUCUCCAAACGACCACAUCACGUACAAAAUGAGACAUUUAAACGGUUAUAAUGUGAUGUAGACGUAGAUUUGGUGCUUUUAGCUGCAGAAGCUCGAACAGUCCCGAGGCCGUCGCCCCCACCACACCUGCACUGAUGUGCAUGGCAUGCAAAUGUCUCCCAAAUCACUGCGAGUUUGACUCACAAAUGAUCGUUUCCAUACCUGAAGGACAGGAAAGAAGGUGACUGUGGAAAACUCCCCACAGUCAGCCGCUGACCGCAGACCCGCAGAAACUUGAAGCUUCAUAUCAAAAUCACACAAAGCCACGUUUAUAAUUUGAUGAUACACUGAGGGAGACGUUGGUGUUUUCCUCCACCAUGUAUCCUUUGCUGCUCCUCCUCCUCCUGCUGCUGGGAGGGAGGAGCUCAGAGUCCACAGCCCCUGUGCCCUACGACAAUGUUGGCCAAAACUUUACUGUUGUGUUUCCGGAGAACAUCGCCAACUACUACCCCAGCCCGCCCACAAACAUGGUCAAAAUCACUGCUUUGAAAGACGGGACAACAGUCACACUUCAACAGUACGGCAAUCCUAAGCAUCGGGACCUGGACGCUGGAGAUGUUUGGAAUUUCACUGCGAAUGCAACGCUGGAACUCGGGAAGCAAAACAUCUCCAACAAUACUCUGACCAUUAACAGCAACAAAAAUAUCAUCGUUCAAGCCAUCAGCCUUAAACAAGACAGUCUGCAGACUGCUGUCGUCAUACCUACAGACAAACUCAGCACAAAGUACCUCAUCCCACCAAUACCCACAAUUCCCGGCACAAAUAAUCCUCAGGACUUAGUUGUGCAGACGGUGACGGAGCGAGGCCCGUUCAGAAUCAUUAUCGUCAACGGAGUUCAGGAGCAAAACAACGUGACCGUCGAAGGAUUAAAGACACAAGAAGUUUCCCUCCAGUCAGGCCAGGUCGCUCAGAUCUGGUUGGAGGAGGGCGCAGGGUUUAAAAAUGUGACGGCUGAAAAGCCAGUGGCCGUCCUCUUUGGCCACCCCUGCGCCAUCCUGGGCAACUGCAGCUGCGGGCUGCUCUACACCAUUCUGCCGCCAGCCCCAGGAGCGACGCUGAAGUACUUAGUUCCUCCAUUAUUGGCCAAGGAUGCUGAGGGAGAGACGAGGGUACUUUUGGCACAGAACGGUUCCACCAGCGUCAAACCCUACGACUCAAGCUCGCUGAUGUAUGAUGUAGCCGGCACAGCCAUCCUCUACCGGCCAGGCUUACUCCUCCCUCUGAUCCCAACGGCAAACUUUGCCUGCUGCUUUGUGGUCACAGCAUUCCCCGUGAUCUCCAAUAACUACGCCGUGAUCGUGGUCAGCAGUAACGUCACCGAUGGGGUUCGUGUUGGAAAGGACCGCAUAUCAAGUGCAGACUGGAAGACACUGGGGGGGACUGGUUACAGCUCGACACAAGUUCUUCUGAGUUUGGGUACCACUGUCAUCUGGCACACUUCCUCCAAAAUGGCCGUCUACUUUCAGGGAAACAAUGGAAGCACUUUGAUUGGGAACCAGGCACCUGUCAUCAGUUCAAGCCCAGAUUUCAGGGGCUGCGUCGUGACUCCCGAGGUUGUGGACUUGGAAGAACAACCCAACGGUUGGCGUGAAUCUUUUAAAAACUGCGCUGACAGCAACCUGGAGCUGCUCUGCCUGUCGAGCACAGACCUCCAGAAACAGAUCUAUGGCAAACUUAACCAGAACAGGUCUUUAAAUAGCAAUGCUAUACAAGAGGUGUGGAUCGGCAUGCGGCGCAGUUCGCUGAAUGGGCAGUGGUACUGGGUGAACGGGGACAGCGUCAACAGCACCAACUGGGGUGACGGUAAGCCCGGUGGGGUGGAGGAAGGCCAGUGCGCCAUCAUGAGUCUGGGAAAUGGCACGGACUUUGAGUGGAGCGACGACGAUUGCUGCAAGGAUGUUCAUUAUAUCUGCUACAAGGAGCCGGAGCUCUUCCCCAUAUAGGACCGGAACGCUCCUCUGCAGCUCUGCACUGUCAUUAGUUUCUCAUCCUACUCACAUAUAACCAUGCUGUAGCUGCCAGUCGCAUUAAUAUUUUAUGGCUCUGUAGAAGAAAAACAGGUGAUGCAAAGAUAUUUUGGUGCAUGUACUCUAGUUUAGUCUGAGGGUUUCUUCACAGCACACCGUGAUGCUGACACCUGAGCAACAAACCAGCAGCAUCUUUUUCCUGAAAAACAAAACAAAUCUGUAACUAAGCAUUUAAGAAAGUUUCACUUUGCAGAUGAUGUUCCUUUGUAUAUGUCUGCUGAUCUGACUGGGAAAUGUUAUGAUUGUACUGGUACAGUGGUUGGAAACCAGUGUGCAGCAUCACUGGUUUCCUGUUUCCUCUGAGAGAGUGUGAACUUUUAUUUGUCAAUAUUUAAAGUGUUUGAGCUUCGUGUCUUUGAUGACAUCAGCGUUUUAAACUUAGAACUGAAUUUGGUCGACAGUCACAAAAUAUGUAAACAACAUUCAUCUGUCAGCACCAGCCUUUGGUCAUAAUCAGCUGUGCAGAAGCUUCAGCAGGUGGAAAUGAGAGUGAUGAUAACUCAUAUUUACUGUUUAAGGUGUUUGCUUAUAGAUGUUAGCUUCCCUUUGCUGAAUGACUGGUGACCCAUCCUGCUGCUGUCUGCUGAUAGGAUAGUUCUUCAUUACAAACUGAAGAUGGAAAUUCAAGUGUGAUUUUAUUGUUUAAGGAUUCGUAAACUGAGCUGAAUGAAAAGUUUACAGGUAACCUCGUCAUCCUGAUGCUUCAUAUUUACCGGUUUGAAGUCGACUCAGCAGAGUUUGUAUGUUGAACUGUUGAAUCUGCAGUCUGAUUGGUCAGAAUCAUCUAUGCACCAGUUUUAUUGUAAAAAUGAUAAUUCCAGUCAAUCAUGGACUCAACGACGUAUCAAUAAAUCUGUUUUGCUGUGACAA